AUGGAAAAGACGUGUAAUACUGAGCCUGUGAUCAAAUUGACUCGUUUUGAAGAAGCAAAUACAAUUCAGAAUUGUAACGUAGGGAAUCCAUCGUCUUCGUCUUCAUCAACAACAACAGUAGAACCAAAUCCAAUAAUACUAGCAAACGCGUGUGAUGUAAGUACUUUUGGGUUUUUCAUGAGAAGUGGUGUUCGUGAGUUCAUUGUUUCUGUGGGUCGUGAUGUUGCUAAAGGUACUCUUCCUGGACAACGUAAAUCUGUUCAACAUAAAGAAUACAUGGUCCAUUCUUACAACAGGAACGGAUUAUGUGCGUUGGGAUUUAUGGAUGAUCAUUAUCCUGUGCUUAGUGCUUUCUCCCUUCUUCACAAGGUGCUGGAUGAAUAUGAGAAGAAUUUCGGCCACUCUUCGAAAACUGCACUGGCGGAUGCAACUCAACCAUGGCCUUAUCUGACUGAAGCUCUGACUAAAUUUCAGGACCCUGCUGAGGUUGAUAAAUUUUCGAAUAUUCAGAAGGAGUUGGAUGAGACCAGAUUUUUCCUUCAUCAAACACUCGAUAGGGUGCUAGCAAGAGGGGAGAAGUUUGACAGUUUAGUGGAUAAAAGUUCCGAUCUGAAUGCAGCAUCACAGUUUUUCUAUAAGCAGGCAAAGAAGAAUCGCCAGCGUUGUACCAUAUCAUAGGGACUUGGGGUGACCCCGAGGCAACGGAUGUGUAGUACUCCCUGAAGGAAAAGGAUGGGUUUAAUUUGCAGCUGUUUGCAUUUGUUAUAAAUGUGUUUUUUUUUCUUUCUGAAA